AAAUAACGAGUAAAUUUCAAGCAUUCUUACUUAUUGUUGGAUAUUUUAACCUCGGGCAACACGGCAAUUGAUUUGUAAACAGAAAACUACCAAAGAUACGAAGCAAAAACUACAAAUGUCCUUUUUGGGGAACAUCGGCGUUUCUCAACAAGAUGGCGUCCAAGGGACAUAACUUUGGUUAGCGUUGACGCGACCUAUUUAUUGUCUAUGCAACAAGUCCACGGUUGUUCAGGUUGUCGAGGCAAGCAUUCUUUUUGCAAGCAUAAUUAAGGGGGGGGGGGGGGUAGUAGUUACAUUUUCUUUUUUGUUUUCAGAGAUGGUUUGGUGUUUUACAUUUUUGUAAAGUAAACAAAAUUAAUUUUAUUAUUAUUUUAAAAAGCACAGAUACAGUACUGGAAAUUAAUGAUAAGCACUAUGUAUAUAGAUAAAGAUUUUUGAAAAUACUAUAUGAAUUUAGAUCAAAGUGUACAAAAGUUUUCCUCAUUACAUUUACCAAUCCAUGGACAUGAUCAUUGAUGGUCAUCUACACUCAAGGGUCAAAAGUAUUUCCACACUGCUAAUUUAAUUUCACUAUAAAUUCAUUGCAACUUUCAAAUUUUAAGAACUUCACCAAAGUUUCAUAAUUAAUGUUAUCAUUAUGAAAUUUUCAGAAGAUAUCUAGAAUUCACUCAAGAUUCAUGAGAAAUGUUACUUUUAAUGUUAUUUUAUAUAUUUUUUGUUGGUCGAUUUAUGAAUUACUGGGUAGAGUUUUCAAAAUGCUAAUUAAUACGAAAUGUGUAAGAUUUUCUGCAAGAUAUGUAAAAUGAUGAAUUUUAAAACGAAAACAUGAAUAUCAUGAACAAAGAAUUAAUUUUUAAAAAUCAUUCUUUUCAAACUGUAGUUUUACAAUUGCCUCAAGCUCUGGUCAGACAAGUAUGGCUUAGUCAUAAGUCAUAACACACACUAUAAAAUCCAGUAUUCUGGCAACAAAACCCUAUAAAACCUACAUAACUCUGGUUCAAUAUAUUGCCUGGAUGAUGAAUAUGAUAAAAUUCAUUAUAUGAACACCAUAUUAUACAAAAUAAACCUAUAGUUCUUCAUUAGUAUCAUCACUAUCAGCGAGUUUAUGAGUAACGUUACGUCAAUAACAUAUGAUGGAAUGCCAAACAUUUGUGGCUCUUUUCAAGUCAGGUCAUCAGAUAUCCAGCGUAUUCCAGCCCUUUAACCCUUUCCCAGUCUGGACUUCAUUAUCUGUUCCAGAUUCAGACUUGAGGUGAUUCUCAAUCUACUAAGGCAUAGGGGAAAUAAGUGUGAAUCCUGUAAACCUGAAGAAAAUUAUGUACCACAAUAUAGAUAAAUUAUAAAGUAAUUCUGAGUGACUUAAUUAACAGAGACAGGUCCUGGAAUAUAUUAUCAGUUUGCUUUUUUUUCCCUUUGGUGUCACCAUUUGAUGUGGUUCCCACUUUCCUCUUGCCACCAUUGAUUCAUCUUUUAAAAAAUACUUAAAACUUAUCACAGAAUACAGAUAAUCUUGAAUUGAUUUUACCAAUAGAUCAAUUUAAACCUUUUGAUUUAAAUACUGUGUUUAAAGAGCAACCACAUUAUAUGAAUAGUGCAUGUAAUUGAGGGUAACAUCGAACGUUUUUGUCUAUAAAAAAAGCCAGCGUCUGUCAAGGUACAGCUAAGGUUGGCAAUUUAUUUUUGGAGGAUGAACAUUUUCAAUGUUAACCUCAACAACAUGCACUAUUUAUUUUAUCAUACUUAAUGUAAUACAUUUAUUAGAUAUGUGUAAAAAGGACAAAGAUCCAACUUAUCCUGUGGGGAUUCAGGUUAGAGUAGCUGUCUUCAGUACCCCCUUGCUUGUCGUAAAAGGCGACUAAAUGGGGCAGUCCUUCGGAUGAGACCACAAAAACUGAGACCCCCUGUCACUGCAGGUGUUACAUUAUAAAGACUGUAAGCACUGAGCAUAGGCCUAAAUUUUGCAGCCCUUCACUGGCAACGAUGACGUCUCGAGUUAAGCAAUAUAAAAUCAAUCAAUCAAAUAUCCAACUAAAAUUUAUUAUCUGGAUUGUCAUAAACAUAUAACAAGUAAAUUUCAACAUGGUGAAUUUAAUUCAAAGUAAACAAGUUCAUUUACUGUUUGUGAUAGUUACACAGGACAUGUGCCAGACUGCCAAUUAUUGUUUGUUUCCUUUUCUCAGUCACUUUGACAUUCAACAAGUUUCUGUAAAGCACUAGCUGCACACUGCAUCUAUUCUAAAUAAUAAAAAAUCUUCAAAACUAUUCAGCGAACUGUACGUACAUUGAUUUGACAUGUGAAAUUUCAUUAUAGGUCAUGGCACCUGCGUUAACAAUUGAACAUUUUUAUCUUCUUGCAGAUAACAGUAAAUUUUUUCUAGAUUUUUAGCCCAUGGGACUAAUGAUACUUUUAUACCAUAGACUUCCUGUAGUUUGUGGGUUUUAUCACAGUGGGAAACAUGUUUAUUCAAAUAUUUUGUGGCCAAUCAGAAUCAAUUUUGCAUGGAAGUAUAAUAAAAUGAAAUUCAAUAAAAUCCUUUAUGUAAUUUAUCCCAAUCUGUCCAGAAGCAGUUGGAAAACUUGUUGCCCUUGUAGAACAGAAACCACACUCUCCUGGGUGUUAAAAUCUAGUAACAGGGAAACAAUACUUCACAACAGGUGAUAUGAUAUAGAUUAUCACAUCACACAGAUUGUGCAUGUAUGGUUCAUGACAGAUUGUAAAACAGAUGUUUGGGACCAUAUCAACAUUAAGGGUAGGAAAUAAAAUGAGAUGGUAGAUAACAGUUAAAUGAUGCAUGUGACUGUAUAACCCUUAUCUAUUUUGCACCAUGGGGGCAACAUUUCUUGUUUGAUUCUGAAUUUCUACAAAAUCAUAAGAAAAAGAUGGAUAGACACGGUUGUUGAAUUGGUCGUUCAUGUAAGCGUUUGUAUGAUUCUGAGUGCAAAUUUUUGAAAAGUAAAUCACCACUCGCUAAGAUUUUCGAGUGUCCACUAUUUUCGAUAACAAUUUUUCAAAUUUCCUCGCAUUUUGGUAGUAGUUCUCUGUAAUUUCAACCCCUGGGCCAAGAAAACCAUUGUCAACCUCAGAUGGUUUUCUCAGGGUAAAAAUUUUCAAUGUUAUACCCUCAACUAAAUGCACUAUCUAUACGUCAAUGAAAGUGUUAUAAUAAAUCAGUGGGAAAGAAGAAAAUUCCAGAGUAAUGAUAAGUGCAUCAGUUGGUGAGACAUAUGUACAUCAAUACAUUGUGUAACAGGUGUCUUGUGAUAUUGUACAUGAACACCGUAUUGAAAUAUUUUUAAUCAAAAGGCGGUUAGAUGCUUCAAUAAAUUUUGGUGAAAUGCACAUUGAAGUACAGUUUCACUGCCAUUACUGUUUAAAGUAAGAUGUGUUUUAUUUGAUGAUUUAUCUUUUUAAAAAUCUAACUUAAGAUUUUAAAAGAGUUUUAUUGUAUCAUACUAUAAAGCACGUGUUUGGGGUCAUUUGUAAAGGUAUAUUUAUUUGAAAAUUUGAUUAAAACCUGGUGAUUCUCACAGCAGCUUCAAAAGGGCAGGGAAAUUUAGUACCUUAGAUAGGAAGGGAACCCUCGAGUGGUUCAGGGCAUAAUAAUAUAUGAUAUUCUUGUUUUAUUUUGGCUCUUUUAAAUAUUGAAACAGAACUGAAAAUAGGACAGUUACCGGUAUCAUUCCACCACCUAAAUGAAAGUAAUUGUUCUUCAUUUUAAAACACUUUUUGGGGGGUUGGGUGUCUUUUGAGUGGGAGGUGUAUUAAUCUACUCAGAUGACAGACUGGGACAUCUGAGAAAUUAGUACAUCGGUUAUCAAUCAUAUUUGAAGUAGCUAUAUGCAUAUUUAAUUGUUUGAUACUCAUCAAGUACGUGCAAUUUCCCCAACACUGAAAUUUUCGUACGGAAGAACAACAAAAACAUCAAUUUUUAAAGUUUAAUUGAAGCUGUGCGAUGUUUCAGGAAUUUCUGUGCCUUGUUUUGAAAUAUUGCACAAAGUCAGUUGAUUUUUAAUAAUUAUACCGAACGAAUUUUGUAAAGUAGUAACUUUUUUAGAAAAUGAUACCAAUUAUUACCGUUAUCAAGUGCUUCUAAUUAUCGGAUUAGACACAAGUGAUCAGUAACGAUCUGUUCAAUUUACCUAAUAUGAUCACAUCACAUCCAGCAAACAAAUGAGCUUGACAAAAGAAACAGAUGUUUGUAAAAAAGGGGAAUUUUUGUGUUAAUUGUCUUCAAAGGCAAAAGGGUGGCAAUUUUUUUGUUUCAAAAUUGGGAAAGGGCAGAGGGGCGUUGGCAAAAGGCGGCAGGGCGGGACACCCCUCUGAAACUGUCUAAGGGAAUCCCUAAAACCUGUUGAAGUCAGAACAACUAUACCAUUGAUUGAAGUUAAAAGUAUCGACUCGUUAGAUUUUUCAGAUAAAAGCACAUGACUGUGCAGUGAGAGCACUUACAGGAGCUCCUUCUCCUGAGAACUUGUGACAGGUGAAUAGAACUUUGGAUGCAUGUAAAGGUCACAGACAUCACCCUGUCCCCAAUUAGCAUAUGCUCUUCCAAAAUCGCAUAUUUGUAGAAAAAAUACCAUGAUACAUAUAUUUACUUAACAUAACAACAGGAUACUAGUAUGUACACCUUGAGUAUUUUAUAUCCUGAUUUUUUUUUUUUUUUUCAUGAAGCUCUUAUGUGUACCAUCGUUGUGGCUUGCCAUGGAAAGAUCCACUGAAACCUCGGUAGCAAGACGAGCAGAAGACCUCCCAGUAAGUGUGAAAAGUUUCGUCUCUGGUGGCCUUGUUCAUCAUAUAGACUCAACCACUGCUAGUGUCAAGUUGACAGGCCACUAUCUGCGAGACCUGUCUGACACUGAGUCAGAUUUCACGUCUUCAGAAGAGGAGGAGAAAGACUACACAAUUACUGAGAUAGAUCUGAAUAAAGAGGUCAGUUCACUCUCAGGGCUUGAAGACACGGAACCUCUCAGUGAUAAAGAGGACAACCCAUCGGUCUCUGUGACGACAAGUUCCAGAAACAAAGAACAACUGAAUUCAUCAUCUCCGAGAUCAGAUACGCAGACCAAGAAGACUGUAGAAGUGUCUCAGCAAAAUUCAAAGCUGAAAAAAAUAUUCUCUGAAGUCCGAUUCAAUCCGUUUGAUAGAGAUUUACAUAUGGAGGAGGAUCAUUACACAGAGGUGGUCAAACCAGACGUGAGUGUACAGGGGUACAAACGCAAGUCCAGUAACGGUUCAUACAACAGCUCCUGGACUGAUAUAUCAGACGACAACCCUGAUGUUACAAAUGCUGAUCUUGGACUAGCAGAAGACCAUUUCUCUCAUCCUGAGGGACACUUUGGAAUGAGUAGCACAGAGGAAAUGGAAAUGGCAAUAGAGAAUUGUAAAGAAUUGAUUGACCAAGCCCAGCCUCAUUCUGAUCGACACAAGAAUCUUGUUCAGAAACUUGUACAGUUAAGACUGAAACUGCAAGAGUUAAAGGAUGGCCCACAACCAAUCCCUGAGGAUGUAAAGCAAGUGGUAGGACACAAAUUCCAGAUUCAGGACAGUCGUACUUCCAAAAACUAUUGUGAGAAGUGCAACGCCAUGAUUCUUGGGGUUAUACAGAAAUGGUUUCGAUGUUCAGACUGUGGGUAUAGCUGCCAUGAAAAAUGUCUAAAUAACAUCACUAGAAUGUGUGCCAGUAUAAAGGUUUUAGACAGUCCUGAAUACUGUAUUUUAAUCUGUCCAAACAGAGGUUUAUCCGCCCAGAACUACCGCUGUGCCGAAUGUAGGAAAGCCAUUUCAUUCCAAUCUGGGUUCAGUGAGCCUCGCCUCUGUGAUUACUCAGGGAACUACUUCUGUGAGCUCUGCCACUGGAAUGACAGCAUGGUUGUUCCAGCCAGAGUUCUCCAUAACUGGGAUUUUGAACCCAGAAAGGUAUGCCGGGCUUCCAAACAGUUCCUGAAACUAAUGACCCCCAAAGCAGUGAUGAGGAUACAGGAUGUGAACCCUAUGUUGUUUAACUUUGUAGAGGAACUGAAUGAUGUCAAGAAGUUGCGAGAGGAACUGUUGAUAAUGAAGAAAUACUUGUUGGUGUGUAAAGAGGCUAUGGACAAGAAGUUUCUGUUACUGCUGAAGGAUCGUCAACACUUUGUAGAAACCUCCGAUAAAUAUGCCAUGAAAGACCUUUUGGACACUGCAUCCGACAUCCUGCUUCCAGAACUUGCCAGUAUACAUACUGCGUGGGCUCAACAUAUCAAGACUGAUUGUCAGAAAUGCCAGGCCAAGGGGUUCAUCUGUGAACUGUGUGAUGACAAGGAGACAUUAUUCCCCUUUGAUAGCAUAGCUGUUGUCUGUUCCCAGUGUUCCUAUGUUCUUCACAGGUAUCAAACUACUACAUUAUGGGGUAUUACUCUGCUUUUUCCUAAAUAUUCGAUACCCUACUAUUUUCGCAUAGAACCAAUGGAUAUAUGUGUACGUACACCAUCUCUAUUUCUUUUGCGUAACUUUACUUUUUUGUCUUCUUCCAACUUUUCACAUAUAACUCCGUUAAUUUUUUGAAAUAUGUAAUCGUUCGCGAGUUCGAACCCUGGGCAGCAUGCUUGCUAAGUGAACAACUCUAUCCAUUAUCAUGCCAUCAUAGCGCUACUUUAGUCAUGAAUAAAUUACAUAUAUUAACUAUAAAGUUUACCAUGAACUGAUAUAACUGUUAUAAAGAAAACUUGUCCCGAUAUUUGAUUAACACAAAAUGAUGAGUUAUCAUCCAUUCUUGAUGAUUAUGCUCCAAUAGAAUAACAAGUUGCUGUCUUUUGAAAAAGGACUCAAUACAUCAUUAAUGGACCUUAGGCAUGUGUUUCUAACAGAAACUUUCAAACAGAUUUUUUGAAAUCUUGAAUCACCAACGGUGUCCAUUUUAAGAUGAACAACAAUACUAGUAUAUUACCUUUUUUUUUUUUAACGUUGCUGGGUUGAAUUGUCAUGGAUAAAUGAAUAAAUUAGAAUCCAUAAUAUUGUUUUUUAUUUAGAACACUAAAAACAGUUGUUCACAAACCCUAUAGAAUGAUUUUUUUUAAUUCUCUCGACAAUUGUUAAUGAAAAAUUGCUGAACUGAUUAACAUGUACAUACACAAGUUGACUCAAUUCCCACUCCUAUAUGUAUGGUCACGUGCUACCCUGUUAGGUUCCAUCAUCAAGCUCCGCUGAAAAUGUUCACUUGUACAUGCGUAAGCUGACUUUUCCCCAUAGCAUCCAGUUUAACCUUGCUUAUGUAUUUUCUACGUGGAUCCUAACAAACUAGUUUAAAAUAUCCACAUCACUUAACGUUUCAUUCGGAGUGAUUGCUCUUUGCUCCAUUGAAACAUAAAAUUGAUCUAGUUUGAAAAAUAUGAAUGUCAACAUAACAAUUAUAUUGAUGUGAUAAUUUGAGUAUACUUUGCCAAAACAGUAGUCAGGGUUUAGACAAAUAGUACCCCCCCCCCCCCCCCCUCUCCCUUUAAGUGGAGUACUAUUUGUCAAAACUCUGACUAUUAUUUUGGCACAGUAUACUCAAAAUAUAACAUUAUUAUAUGAAUAUAACACCAUUGACAUACUGCAUAUCCUGCAGAAAAGAAAGGUUCUUCUCCCAUCUCUACACUGUAUGUUCCAUGACUCCCACGCGGUGUAUAGUUUUCAAAUGUUGUAUCGCCUGUAAUUGUGAUCUUAAUUUGUAACCUUGGACUCAAAAUCAAAUUAUUGAUGUAAAUUUUACUACAACCAUUUCAUUCUACUUUAUUUAAGUAAUUGGGUCACCUGAGUCAAUCAGGACAGAUGACCUAUUGCUAGGCCUAUUGGUUUGCAUUUGUCAUCAUGUGUUGUCUGUUGUGCAUUAAAAAUUGAACAUUUGUAACUUCUUGAUAACUGCUAUUCCAAUUCUUUUCAAAUUUGGUAUGAAGCAUCUUUUGGACUAGGGGGGCAUGAAUUGUAAAUUUCAGGACUCCAGCACCCUUUGGGUAGGUCAAAUAUUGACAAAUUUUCUAAAAUCUUCUGUAAAACCACACAUUUGUAAGAAAUACUAAAUCCAUAGUCAAAUGGAGCAGGAAGGCUUCUACUGAAAUUAUAAAUUCCAUGAUCCCCAGGGUAGAGGUUCUGUCUCCAGGGCAGGUCCAAACUUGGUAUGUAUUGUUUUUGUAUAAAACAUUGAAAUAAUAUCUUUUGUAAAUGCUAUUAAUACUAAAUUGAAAUCAAAUGGAUAUUUAGAACGAGCAGAUGGCCCAUCACCAAAAGAGUAAAUUUGAUGAUCCCCGGUUUUGGCAGCCAAAAUGGUCAUAGUGACUAAAUGUGUUUGUUAGCCAUUGAACUUUUAUUUUGAACUUCUUGAUAACUACUUUUUCCAAUUUUUUUUUCUAACUUGGUAUGAAGUAUCUUUGGGACAAGGGAGACAAACAUUUUGGGACGCCUUCAUCCUCAGGGCCCUAUGAGCAGACAAAAACUGCCAAAAAUUGACCAAAUUUCAAAAUUUUUCUUCUUACAUCUGUAAGAAAAACUAAAUGCAUAAUCUAAAUGUGUGGUCUAUCAUUACUAAAUUGAAAGUAAAUGGAUAUUUAGAAGGAGCAGGUAGCCUAUACCAAAAUUGUUUUCAUGAUCUCAAGGGUAUGGUUUUGGUUCCAGGAUGGGGCCAAAUAGUAAUUAUUGUCUAUAUAAAAGACUUCUUUAAUAAUGCUAAUACUGUUUAAAAACUAAAUGCAUAUUUAGGAAAAGAAAGGAAUGCACCAAAAUUGCGAAUUUUGCAACCCCAGGGUUCUAACUUUAUGGCGGGUCCAAAUUAGUCAUAUAGUGUUAAUAUCAUUUUACAUUAUUCGAAGUCUGUCAUUAGUAUGGGCACUUUCUAGGGCAUUUGUGUUUUACAUUAGCAACAGAGAGCUAGAGAUCUAUAGGCAUUUCUUGGUUAUAAUAUCAUAAAAUCCAAAUAUAUAUAUAUAUAAGCCCCUUUGGUGAUGAAGCUCUAUCUAUUCAGUUGUUUAGAAAGAAAAGGAGCUAAUUUAGGAUUACGCCAGAUACAAAAUAAGUACACAAUGUUGCACAAUGAAGCUUGUUCAUCAAAAGAUUUUUCAAACUCCAUUUCCAUUAAUAACAUACUGGCCAAGUUCUUGAUAUAUAAUAUAUAUUUAUUCAUUUGCAGGCAUUGCUAUGCCAUGAGAGGUGCCCAGUGUCCCAGGUGUGAACGAAGAAGCAGACGAAAUGUCAACUAAGAGGGAAUUAUAUAUCUUCAAUAUCAUAUAUAUAUAUCUUUAUUAUCAUUAUACAAUUAAACAUACCUUAUAUUUA